UCAGACUUAUGACUGCAGCGGCCACGCUCUGCGGGUCGCGGAGGCGGGCAGAGGCGGAGCCGCGGGAGCCCGGCCCGGCGGCCCCAGGGGCGGUGGCAGCCCAGCAGGCGUCUCGCGGGGCCGCUUCGCUUCCACACUCGUCUCGAAGGACCCGAGAGGAAGGAUGUCGUCGUCGGGGCUUAAGGCCGAGCUGGAGUUCCUGGCUUCCAUCUUCAACAAGGACCACGAGCGGCUGCGCAUCGUGAGCUGGCAGCUGGAUGAGCUGCAGUGUCAGUUCCUGGUGCCGCCGGCGCCCGCGGGCAGCCCGCCCUCGCCGCCGCUCAUCCUGCACUGCACCAUCACCGAGUCCUACCCAUCUUCUCCGGCGAUUUGGUUCGUGGACUCCGAUGAUCCAGAUCUGACAUCGAUCCUGGAACGUCUGGAAGAUUCGAAGCCCAACAGUUCGCUUCGUCAGCAGCUCAAGUGGCUGAUCUGUGAACUCUGCAGCUUAUAUAACCUGCCUGAGCACCUGGAUGUGGAGACGCUGGACCAGCCGGUCCCCACCGCUCAGAAGGCGACCAUCGAAGAGGUGCCUUCGGAGGAUGAAGAGGAAGAUGCAGCUGAUGGGCUGGAAGACUUGGAUCAUUAUGAACUGAGAGAAGAAGACACUAGUAGUGAGAAAAAGUCUGAGGAUGAAGGGAUUGAGAAAGAGCAUUUGGCAAUAUUAGAGAAUAUUAGGAAGAGUCAAAGGCAAGACCAUUUGAAUGGUACCGUGUCUGGGUCGGUGCACGCUUCAAAUAGACUUAUGAAAGAACUGAGAGAGAUAUACAGAUCGCAGAGUUACAAAUCUGGGACUUAUUCCGUGGAACUGAUCAACGACAGCUUAUAUGACUGGCACGUUAAACUGAGGAAGGUUGACCCCGAUAGUCCCUUGUAUGGUGACCUUCAGCUUUUGAAAGAAAAAGAAGGCACAGAAUAUAUUUUGCUUAACUUUUCUUUUAAGGAUAACUUUCCGUUUGAUCCUCCCUUUGUUCGCGUUGAGUCACCUAUUCUGUCUGGAGGGUAUGUCUUGGGUGGAGGGGCAUUGUGUAUGGAACUGCUCACAAAACAGGGUUGGAGCAGCGCCUACUCCAUAGAAUCGGUCAUCAUGCAGAUCAAUGCCACCUUAGUCAAAGGCAAAGCUAGGGUGCGCUUUGGAGCAGAUAAGAAUCAAUAUAAUCUAGAAACAGCCCAACAGUCCUAUGACUCCGUUGUGCAGAUGCACGAGAAAAAAGGCUGGUUCACUCCUCCAAAGGAAGAUGGGUAAAUAGUUGACUGCUGUGUAUUUGAAACAAUGUAGCUUUAAAGACACAAGCUUUGAGUAUCCUUGUAACUGUAGUACCGAAGAUAUUAGCUAACUGGUGUUUUAGUGAAUAAUCUGUCAACUGACCGCCAAUAGAAGUUCCAACCUUUUCAUUUUGCUUACAGUGUGGGUCUUGGGCUGCACAGUGAGCCUUUACUGUGGUUUUCUCUGUAAGUAGACAUAGUGUCCAUUCUUUGUCAUCUUUUCUCCUUGAUUAAGUGAAAUGUGUUAUGUAGGCCAGUCAGUUGUGAUUUUAUAGAUGAUUUUCUUUUAUGGGGGGAUAAUGAGGGUUUGCAAACUGUUGUUCCAUUUAGAGUCAAUAAAAGUUUUGCUAGUGUCCAAUACUGGCUAGACCA